AUGGACAUAAAAUAUAAAAUUAAUCAUAUAGAUAAAAAUUCUUGUGUAGAAUCGUUUUUACACAACAUAUCAGUAGAAAAUAAGAAUAAAAUAUUACAGUUUUUUAAAUUGAAAAAUAUAAAAACAAUAUAUGAUUUAAUAUUUGCAGUAUCCUUCUUCAAAUUUACCAAUUACAAUGAAAAUACUCUUGAAAAUGCUGAUGUAAAUAAUAAAUUAAAUCAAAAAGUUAAUAUCUAUAGAAAUAUUUUUCAUAUUAGUAAUAAUAAUAAAUUAAAAAAAGAAAGUGAUAACAAAGUAAAUUUCCAUGAUGAUAAUGCAUAUAAUCUAGAAAGAAAAACAAAUAAUGGAGAUUCUAAUAAUUUUAUUGAUUUAUCGGAAAAUGUAAUUAAAAAUACUAUAUCUACAAACAUACAUGAAAAUAAUAAUAUGAUUAAUGCAGAACAUGGAAACAUUAUGGAAAUAAAAGAGAUGUAUGAGUAUUAUGAAACAAUGAAAGAAAACAAAAGUAAUAAUAUUACACUUUCUUAUUUUGAUAUAUAUAUAAACUUAGAUGUUAUAAGUUUGUUUCCUAUUACAAAUAACGAUAAAGAAAAAUUAACGAAUUGUAUAUAUAGCAUUAUUGAAACAAAUGAUAUUUCAUUAAUGUGUAUUUACUUGAAUUUAGGACAUUUAUUGGAAAAAUUUGAAUUAUUUAAUAUAAAAAAUAUAGAAUCAUUAAAAAAAUUAAUAGAAUCAAAAAAAUUUGAAUGUAUAAAAAAUGAAAUGAAUAUUUCACUUUAUGAAUUUAUUUUGAUUGUUAAUUUCAUAGUAAGAAUAAAAAAAAAAAGAAUUUUUUGUAACAAUAUUUUUAAUCAAUAUAAUAAGCAUUUUACUAAAAAUAAUAAAGAAAAUCGUAAAACUAUAUGUGAUAAAAUUCAUCAAUUCAUUGAAUUUGAUAAGUGGACUUUUAAAAAUAUUAUAGAUAAUCCAUUUUUUCAAAGAUUAAGAAAUUUAUCUCAACUAGGAGCUUGUCAGUAUGUUUAUCCUGGUGCAACACAUACUAGAUUUGAGCACAGUUUAGGAGUUGGAUUUUUAUCUGCCAAAUACUUUACACAUUUGUGUAAUCGAUCCAAUUUAUCUCCUUAUCAUGGAGAAUUAAAUAGAAUGCUUCGUUGUGUACAAAUAGCCGGACUAUGUCAUGAUUUAGGACAUGGUCCAUUUAGCCACACUUUUGAAAGCUAUUUUAUUAAUUAUAAAAAAAAUGACACAGAACACAAAUGGAAUCAUGCUUCUAUGUCGCAAAAAAUUGCAGAACACAUUGUUGAAAAUUUAAUAGAUCAAGAUGAAGUAUUAGAUGUUAGUGAUGUAAAAAUAAUAAAAAAAUUAAUAAUUGGACCACAGCAUUAUAAAAAAUCUUUUGGUUUAGAUCCUAUAGAUUCUUUAAUAGAAGCCUCAUACGAUAUUAUUUGUAAUAAUAGAAAUGGUUUAGAUACCGAUAAAUUUGAUUAUUUACAAAGAGAUGCAACAAUUGCUCCACCAAAUGGAACGCUUCCCUCAUUAAAUUGUAACCGUAUACUUUGUCAAAGUGCAGCUAUUAAUGGUUGUAUAACGUAUAAUGUAAAAGAAAUUCAUCCAGUAUGGACAGUUUAUAUGAACAGGUUUUCCUUAUUUAAACAAGUAUAUACUCAUAGAAAAGUUAGAGCUAUGGAGCUGAUGCUAUGUGAUGGAUUUCGAUUGGCUGAUGAUUUCUUUAGAUGGUCUGAAUGUUUAGAUGAUUUAGAUUUUUUUCUUAACUUAACUGAUUCCUCAAUAAUAUAUGAUAUUAAAAAAAGAGCAAAAACAUGUAAAUACGAUGAAAAUGUUAAAAAUUCAUUGAACCUUAUUAACUCUGUUAUAUGUGAUAGAAAUUCAGAAUAUGCUUAUAAAUACAUUUCAGAAAUUAAUGUAACGGAACCAAAAUUAAUUAAAUAUUUAAAAGAAAUAACAAAUGAAGAAAAGAUUGCUCGAUAUUCCCAUGGAUUGAGUCCAGAUGAUAUAAUCAUUGAUUGGAAUUAUUUAAAUUAUGGAAUGGGGAAAAAUGACCCUCUUGAUUUUGUUUAUUUUUAUAGUUCAGAUAAUGAAGAAGAAGCAUUUAUAGCACAUAAGGAAUAUAGAGGAACACACCCAAGGUAUUUUGAAGAAUGUAAUGUAAGAUUGUACUGUAAAAAUAAGAAAGUAGCUCAUUUAGCUAAGGAAGCUCAUCUGAAAUUUAUUUCUAAUGAAGUUUUUUCAAAAGCCUCUCCUUGUUAUAAAAAAAAAGAGAAAUCUAAAUAA